AUGAAAACGGCGAUGCGAUUCGAGAUCAUGCUGGCAGAAAGGAGGAAGUUGGAGUCCUGCCGAGACCAGAACGAUGAGGAGCUUUUAGCAUCCAUCAUCAGCCGUUACAACAGCUACCGAGCAGUGUCUGCAGUGAAGAAGUGGCAGAUCAACAGUGACAUGCAGUCCGCAAUAUUUGCAAUCAUCAGAGGGCUCACUGCAGAAACUAGAGCACUGGUGCGUCAGCAUUUGGACUUCAACAAGUAUGACGAAAGCUACAACGAGGGCUUGCUACGUGCCAAACGACAUCAACUUAACGAGACGCCCAGAGGGAUGCCUGCAGCAUGGGCUGAUCGGCUGACUGUGACCGAGCAGGCCCAGCUGCUGCAUUUCAAGCGAUACAAUCAGUGGUGGCACUUGAACUACAAGAAGGUCAAGAAGACUAUGAGAGCCCGGCUCAGGUGGACUGAGGAAGUGUGGAACAGAUCAGUGGACCAGGCCUGCCUGGCCUCGUGGGCUGUGGAUGAAUGCCGGAAGAAUCCGAAGGCGUCAACUUGA